UUUUGUUUCCCCUCUGGAUUAUCAAUUUUCUUUUUCUAUAUAUUUCUAACUCCGUGGUGGAUCGUUAAGGAAACGGAAAUACACGCAUUCAAAAUUGGGGUAUAAUGGAGCCCCUGUGGAAGCGGCUACUGUUUGCCGCUGUAUUUGCUGGAGCGUUUUUAGGAAUAAAUGCUCAAUUUUGGAAAACAACCGAUACCGGUGCCAUCUACAACACCGCUAAACACUAUCGUCCCGAUGUUGGCAAUCAAGCCCCACCCCAACCGAUCGACGACAGCUAUUCGAUAAUUGACAGCGCGAAAAAUUGCAGCACCAACACACCCGGCUGUAUACCGAAAUGUUUUGCCGAAAAGGGUAAUCGCGGUCUGCAGGGACCAAUUGGUAUGCCCGGCCCCAAAGGUUUGCCCGGCUAUCCCGGUACCGAAGGUCCACCCGGUGAUAAGGGUCAAAAAGGUGAUCCCGGUCCAAUGGGACCUAGAGGCUUGAAGGGUGAACGUGGUACACCCGGUAUUCCCGGUAUGGCUGGUGUACCCGGUAUUCAAGGUAUUGCCGGUAAUCCCGGUGCACCCGGUAUUCCCGGUAAGGAUGGCUGUGAUGGCGAGAAGGGUUUGGCCGGUCUACCCGGUUUGAGCGGUAUGGCUGGACCUCGUGGUUAUCCAGGUCAACCUGGUGCCAAGGGUGAAAAAGGUGAACCGGCUAAGGAGAAUGGUGACUAUGCCAAGGGUGAAAAGGGUGAGCCCGGCUUUGCCGGUCGUCCCGGUAAUCCUGGUCCCGAGGGUCCAAUUGGUCCAAAGGGUGAACGUGGUGAAACUGGUCCAUUGGGUGCUCCCGGUUUGCGUGGUGAUCGCGGUUUGAAGGGUGAAAAGGGUGCUCCUUGCUUCCCCAGACCACAACCCGGCAGAAAAGGUGAAAAGGGUGAGAAAGGUGAACCAGCUCAAUACCGACCAUUUACUGGUGGUGAAACCGAGAUUAUUGGCGAAAAGGGUGAAAUGGGUCAACGAGGUGAUAUGGGCGCACCCGGUGAUAAGGGUUCUGUCGGCCCUCAAGGUCCACAAGGUUUUGAAGGUCCCAAGGGUGAAAAGGGUCUUCCUGGCGGUCCCGGUGAUAGAGGUCGUCAAGGUGCUUUUGGUCCUCCUGGUCCUCCCGGCCAAAAGGGUGAUCGUGGUGAAACUGGCUUGAAUGGUUUGCCUGGCAAGCCCGGUCAAAAGGGUGAACCCGGUCGUCCCGGUAAACCUGGUGAGCGUGGUCUUGUCGGUCCUCCAGGUCCACCUGGUGGCGGUCGUGGCUCCCCUGGCGCUCCCGGUCCUAAAGGUCCCCGUGGUUAUCCUGGUGCUCCAGGUCCCAAGGGUUUGGAUGGUUUCGAUGGCCCACCUGGUCCACAAGGUUUGCCCGGUGCUAAGGGCGGCCCUGGUAUGCCCGGUAACAAUGGUGUUGAAGGUCCUCCUGGCGAAAAAGGUGAAAAAGGUAAUGCAGGUCGUCCCGGUCCCAUGGGUCCCCAAGGUCCUAUCGGCCAUACUGGUCCUCCAGGUCCUGAAGGUCAAAAGGGUGAAGCUGGUCUACCUGGAUAUGGUGAACGCGGUCCUAAAGGUGAUGAUGGCAUUCCUGGCACUCCCGGCUUGAAGGGUACAAAGGGUGAACGCGGUUUAACUGGCGCUCCUGGUGCCCCUGGUGACUCCAAAUUAGGUCUUCCCGGUACUCCUGGUCCCGUCGGUGCUCCUGGUCCUCGUGGUGAUCAAGGUCGUCCUGGUACCCCUGGUCCCAAAGGUGACAUGGGUCCCAAGGGUGAUGCUGGCGGCAAAUGUUCAGACUGUGCUCCCGGACAGAAAGGUGACAAAGGUGAUCGUGGUACAGAUGGUAUCCCUGGCCGUGAUGGUCUCAGAGGUCCUCCCGGCGAACGUGGUUAUCCUGGCGAACGUGGAUCUGAUGGUAUUCCUGGCCCCCCUGGUCCUCCUGGCGAGAAGGGUAGAGAUGGUAUCCCCGGUGCUCCAGGUCCCUAUGGUCUCCCCGGUAAAAACGCUAUGGUUGAUCUGAAUCUUAUCGAACCCGUUAAGGGAGACAAGGGUGAACGUGGUUAUCCUGGUGCUCAAGGUGUGAAGGGUGACAGAGGCUUAGCCGGUAUUCCAGGUGCUCCUGGACAAAAGGGUGAAAUUGGCGAUAAGGGCGACAAAGGCUAUCCCGGUCCUCCAGGUGCUGAUGGCGCUCCAGGUAACCCCGGUCGUGAUGGUUUUGAUGGUGCUCCAGGUCGCAGCAUUAAGGGUGAACCAGGUCUUGCUGGUCGCGAUGGUGAAAAGGGUGACAAGGGUAUGACUGGUCCCCGUGGUAUGACUGGUGAUCCCGGUACUUGUGACGUCGACUAUUUGAAGGUUCCCGCUAAGGGCAACAAGGGUGACCGCGGUGCUCCUGGCAAUCCUGGUGCAUUGGGUCCCACUGGUCCCAAAGGCGACAAAGGUAGUGCUGGCCAAAAGGGUGAAACUGGUCCACAAGGUCCACCUGGACCUGCUGGUCCUCGCGGUAUGACUGGUCCACGUGGUGAACCUGGUCCACAGGGUCCUAUUGGUGCCCCUGGUAAUCCUGGUAGAGACGGUUUGCGUGGUCCUCCCGGCAGAAACGGACCUCCUGGUCAAAAGGGUGACCAAGGUAUUGCCAGACCCGGUCCUCCAGGUAGCAUUGGUCGUCCCGGUUUGCCUGGUCCUAAAGGUGAUCGUGGUUUGGAUGGUCCCAUGGGUCCUCCUGGUAUGGAUGGCGCUCCUGGCUACCCUGGCGAAAAAGGUGAUUCUGGUCUUCCCGGUGCUCCUGGUGCCCCUGGUGUUGACGGUCCUAAGGGUGAUAUGGGUCCUCGUGGUCCAACUGGUCCCGCCGGCCCACCUGGUAAGCCUGGUGUCGAUGGUGUUCAAGGUCGUGAUGGUGCUAAGGGUGAACCCGGCUAUCCCGGUUUGGUCGGUAUGCCUGGUAUGAAGGGUGAACGAGGUGCUCCUGGUAUUGAUGGUCCUAAAGGUUUCACUGGUAUUACUGGUCCACCUGGCAAACGUGGUCCUCCUGGUCCUGCUGGCAUUCCUGGCGCCAAGGGUGAUCGUGGUGAACGUGGUCUGACUGGCAAGGAUGGUUUGCCCGGUGUCCGUGGUCCUCCUGGCCCACCUGGUUUAAUGGGUAUGAAAGGUGAUAUGGGUCCCAUGGGUCCUCCCGGUGCCGAUGGUGUUCCUGGUAUUGAUGGCGCCAAGGGUGAUCGUGGUUUGCCCGGUAUGGAUGGUCCCCGUGGUGAGCCUGGCGAUGCUGCUGAAAAGGGUCAAAAGGGUGAACCUGGUGCCUCUGGUUUGCGUGGUGAACCUGGUAUGCCCGGUGCUCCUGGCAUGCCUGGUGAAAAGGGUGUACCCGGAAUUGCCUUGCAUGGACGUCCCGGAGCUCCUGGCGAAAAGGGUGAUCGUGGCCGUGAUGGUGCCGAUGGCCUCAAUGGCAGACCCGGUGAAAAGGGUGAUCAAGGUCUGCCCGGUUUGACUGGACCAAAGGGUAUUAAGGGUGACAUCGGUCUACCUGGUGCUCCAGGUCUUCCUGGCAUGGAUGGCAAGCCUGGUCAAAUGGGUCCCGCUGGUCCAAUGGGUCAUACCGGACCUAAAGGUGACAAGGGUGAACGUGGCUAUCCUGGCAUUAACGGCGCCAAGGGCGACAAGGGUGAACGUGGUGUUGCUGGCUUCAAUGGCGCUCCCGGUCCUAAGGGUGACCGCGGUGUUCCCGGUAAACCUGGUCUAAAUGCUACGCCUAUUACGAUUAAGGGUGAACCUGGUGAGAUGGGUGAACCCGGUUUGAUUGGUUUGCCAGGUCCUAUGGGUCUCAAGGGUAACCAAGGCCCACCCGGCUUCAACGGACCUAAGGGUGAUCGUGGCUUGACUGGAGCUCCCGGUCCCAACGGUUUGAAUGGUAUGCCUGGUGCUAAGGGUGAACGCGGUCCCAUGGGUGAUGUUGGUGCUCCUGGCCUGACCAUCAAGGGUGAAAAGGGUUUGCCUGGCCGUACUGGUAAAAAUGGACGUGAAGGUGCCCCUGGUAUGCCCGGUCAAAAGGGUGAAAAGGGUUUGGCUGGUUUGCCUGGUACUCCCGGUGCUCCUGGUGCCCCCGGCCCCAUUGGUCCACAGGGUCCUAAAGGUGAUCGCGGUUUGGUUGGUGCUCCCGGCAGAGACGGUGCUAAUGGUAUGCCUGGUGCUCCUGGCAUUAAGGGUGAUAUGGGCUAUCCCGGUCCCAAGGGUGAUAUGGGUCUGCCCGGUCUGCAAGGCGAAAAGGGUGACAAGGGUGAAAUGGGCAUGGUUGGCGCCCCCGGUCUGCCUGGUUUGCGCGGUGAAAAGGGUGAUCGUGGUCUCGAUGGUAUGGAAGGUUUGCCCGGUCCCGUCGGUGCUCCCGGUGAAAAGGGCUUCCAAGGUCCACCCGGUCUCAAUGGUCGUGACGGUUUGCCUGGUCUCAAGGGUGACAAGGGUGAACCCGGCAAGAUUCCACCUCCCGGUCCCAAGGGUGAACCUGGCUAUCCUGGACGUGAUGGUCAAAAGGGUGAACGUGGUCCUCAGGGUCCUCGCGGCAUGGUUGGUCUACAAGGUGAACGCGGUGAAAAGGGUGAAAUGGGUUUGGUUGGUUUGACUGGCGCUCCCGGCCGUCCCGGUCCUAAGGGUGACACCGGACCAAUGGGUUUGGUGGGUCGUGAUGGUGCUCCCGGUCCCAUGGGUGCCAAGGGUGAGCCUGGUGCACCUUGCACACAUGCUCCCGACUAUCUUACCGGUAUUUUGUUGGUACGUCACAGUCAAACCGCCCAGGUGCCACGUUGUGAACCCGGCCAUACCGAAUUGUGGAGUGGUUAUUCGCUGUUGUAUGUCGAUGGUAAUGAUUAUGCUGCCAAUCAAGAUUUGGGUUCGCCCGGUUCGUGUGUAAGACGUUUCUCGACACUGCCCGUCAUGUCGUGCGGUACCAAUAACAUUUGCAACUAUGCUUCGCGUAACGAUAAAUCGUUCUGGUUGACCACCAACAAUCCAUCGAUGCCAAUGAUGCCGGUGCCAGCACAGGAAGUUAGCCAAUACAUUUCACGUUGUGUGGUGUGUGAGGUGCCUGCCAAUGUUAUUGCUGUGCACAGUCAGACUUUGGAUAUACCAACGUGUCCAAAUGGUUGGGAAGGCUUGUGGAUUGGUUACAGUUUUAUGAUGCACACUGCUGCCGGUAAUGGUGGUGGUGGCCAGGACAUGUCCUCGCCCGGUUCCUGUUUGGAAGACUUCCGCCCCAUACCCUUCAUCGAGUGUAAUGGCGGCAAGGGCCAUUGCUUCUUCUACGACACAAUCAACAGUUUCUGGCUGGUAACCCUGGAGGAAUAUCAACAGUUCCAGAGACCCGAUAUGGUUACCCUCAAGGCGGGCAACCUGAAGCAAAGAGUCUCCAGAUGUCAAGUUUGUAUUAAGAACUCAUCAUAA